AUGUUGAAUUGUCCGCAGGUCAAGGUACGCAGCUCUUUGCAGCUCUGGCAAUUCCUCGUCGCCCUGCUGGACGACCCUGGAAACUCGAGUUUCAUUGCUUGGACCGGACGAGGACUCGAGUUCAAACUGGUUGAGCCCGAGGAGGUUGCGAGACGGUGGGGAGUGCAAAAGAACAGACCCGCAAUGAACUAUGACAAACUCAGCAGGUCUCUCCGAUAUUACUACGAAAAAGGAAUAAUGCAGAAGGUGGCAGGUGAGAGAUACGUGUACAAGUUCGUGUGCGAGCCGGAAGCCCUGUACGCCAUGGCCUACGGCGACCAAACCCGCGGCAUCAGGUCGUUGGUGAAGACUGAUUUUGACUAUAUUUCUCAAAGCUUGAGAACGUUGCAAGGCCAGGAGAAGAAAAAAAAAGAGAAACUGGGCUAA